GGCCACGCAGGCGCGGUGGGCGGGGGCCGCCGGUGGCGGCGGAGAUGGCGUGCGAGGCGGAGCAGCGCCCCUCGGGUGUGUUUGAGUGCCAGCUCUGCGCCCUGACAGCUCCGUACAGCUACGUGGGGCAGAAGCCCCCCGACACCCAGUCUGUCAUCCUCCUGGAGGAGAGCUACGUCAUGAAGGACCCCUUCAGCCCCGACAAGGACAGGUUCCUGGUCCUGGGCUCCCGGUGCAGUGUCUGCGGCCGGCUGGUGUGUGUGGGCCCGGACUGCAGUCUGUUCUACUCCAGGAGGUUCUGCCUCCCGUGUGUCCAGAAGAACAUCCAGGCCUUCCCCCAGGAGAUCCGGCAGGACCUGGAGAAGAGGAAAGUCCCAUCGAAGAGGCCGGCUGGCCAGCCCAGCGCGCAGGCCUGAGCCGGCGUGGAGGCCUGACAGCGUGGAGGCCUGAGCCGGCGUGGAGGCCUGACAGUACGGAGGCCUGACAGCGUGGAGGCCUGACGGCGUGGAGGCCCGGGCCGGCGUGGAGGCCUGACAGCGUGGAGGCCUG